AUGAACAAGCUCACGUAUCUUCUCGUCCUCUUGGCGUUGUCUGUUCCUUUCUUGGAAGGAUACGAGUACCACCCGAGCUCUCAAGAAGAUUCUUCUCCUUCGGACAGCGAUGGCAACACGUUCUAUGGACGAUUCCUUCGUGGCGCUCAUCGUCGUCUGUGGGGUCCCAGU